GGACCUCCAAAACCACCCCUGGGCACCUGCCUGCUGCUUAGGCCUGGGCCCUUCUCACGGCUGGUGCGGGAGCUGUGCCUGCUUUUCACCCGGGGGGGCGAUUAUCGCUGGCAGCGCCUGGCCCCGGUGGCCCCUACAGAGGCAGCAGAGGCCUUCAUCGUGAGACUGCUGGAGGAUGCAUACCUGUGCUCGCUGCACGCCCGCAGGGUCACCCUGUUCCCCAAGGACCUGCAGCUGGUUCGGCGCCUGCGAGGGCCUGAGUGGGGGGGGCAUCUGAAUGGGGACCCCCACCCUGCACUGCUACCCAAAUUCACCAGUACAACCCAGUACAGCCCACUGGAGACCAGUAUAACUCAGUACUUCCCCCGAGGAACCAAAACCAGGUAG